AUGGAGGUAACCAAUUCAACCCCAGUAGAAGAAUUUGUUUUCCUGGGCCUAAGCCAGAAUCAACACGUGAGCGUGGUCUUAUUUCUUUUCCUCCUGUUGGUGUACAUGACAACCCUGCUGGGGAACCUCCUCAUCAUGGUCACUGUCACCUGUGAGUCACGCCUCCACACCCCCAUGUACUUCCUGCUCCGGAACUUAUCUGUUGCCGACAUCUGCUUUUCCUCUAUCACAGCUCCCAAGGUUCUGGUGGAUCUUCUGUCCAAGAGAAAGACCAUCUCCUUCAAUGGCUGCUUCACUCAGAUGUUCUUCUUCCACUUGAUUGGAGGGGUGGAUGUAUUUUCAUUGUCAGUGAUGGCUUUAGAUAGAUAUGUGGCCAUCUCAAAGCCCCUGCACUACGUGACCAUCAUGAGUAGGGGCCGGUGUGUUGGAUUAAUAGUUGCUUCCUGGGUAGGGGGCUUUGUCCACUCCAUUGUGCAGAUCUCCCUGUUGCUCCCACUCCCCUUCUGUGGACCCAAUGUCCUUGACACUUUCUACUGCGACGUCCCCCAGGUCCUUAAACUUGCCUGUACAGACAUAGUAGUACUUGAACUGCUAAUGAUUUCCAAUAACGGACUGCUCACCACACUGUGGUUUUUCUUACUCCUGGUGUCCUAUUUGGUCAUACUCUUAAUACUAAGGUCUCAGACUGGGGAGGGCAGGAGGAAAGCCAUCUCCACCUGCACCUCCCACAUCACUGUGGUGACCCUGCACUUUGUGCCCUGCAUCUAUGUCUAUGCCCGGCCCUUCACUGCCCUCCCCACUGAUAAGGCCAUCUCUGUCACCUUCACUGUCAUCUCCCCUCUGCUGAAUCCCCUGAUCUACACCCUGAGGAACCACGAGAUGAAGUCAGCCAUGAGGAGGCUCAGAAAAAGACUCGGGCCUUCUGACAGUGAAUAG